CACCAGUACUUAAUCUCAGCAGCUCACAUUCUAGAUCACCACCACUAGGUUCGUCCACAUUCGAUUGUUUGCAAACUCUGUGUUGUAUUAAUUUCAAUUCACCGAGAACAGGUCGGACAUCCGCCCUCUAGAUAUCGAAAUUUGCCGAGUGUAGAUCUCAGACGUUAAUACUUGCUCCGAGAGUGUAGAUUCAGCUGAAGAAAUGGCAAACAUCGGCAAUGGUGCUGCGUACAGACACCCAAGGGCUGUUGGACCGGCAACAGUUCUAGCGAUUGGCAAAGCUACUCCUCCCACAGCUUUUCCUCAAAGUGAAUACCCGGACUUCUUUUUCGACAUCACCAACUCCAGUCACAAGACUGAGCUCAAAGCCAAAUUCGCUCGUAUAUGCAAGAAUUCGGGCAUCAACAAGAGGUACUUCCAUUGCACAGAGGACAUUCUGAGAGCCAACCCUUCGAUGUGCACAUAUCUGGAGCCUUCUCUUGAUGUUCGACAGGACAUUGCCAUCAGAGAGGUGCCCAGACUGGCGGAGAAGGCAGCCGUCGAGGCCUUGGCGGAAUGGGGCCAACCCAGAUCCCAGAUCACUCACGUCGUCUUCGCAACCACGAGCGGAGUGAACAUGCCCGGAGCCGAUCUCACUCUCACCAGACUUUUGGGGCUAAAUCCCAAUGUGAAACGCACCAUGCUGUACCAGCAAGGGUGCUUCGGAGGAGCCACGGUUCUGCGUGUGGCCAAGGACCUGGCCGAGAACAACAAGGGCGCCCGAGUAUUGACGGUGGUGAGCGAGCUUACAUGCGUGACAUUCCGAGCACCUAACGAGGAACAUCUGGACAAUCUGGUGGGCUCAGCCAUCUUCGGUGAUGGAGCUGCAGUUCUCGUUAUUGGUUCUGACCCGGUCCCUGAGGUGGAGAAAGCCCAGUUUGAGAUUCACUGGUCAGGUGAGACGAUUCUGCCCGAGAGUGAUGGCGCCAUCGAGGGGCGCCUGACUGAGGCAGGCCUGAUUUUCCAUCUGCUGAAGGACGUUCCCGGCCUGAUCUCAAGAAACACUCUUCCCAUCUUCAACAAGGCUAUCGAGGUGGCAGGAUCCCCCGGCUGGAACGAUCUGUUCUGGUGUGUGCACCCGGGAGGUCGUGCCAUUCUUGACGAAGUAGCCAAAACCCUGAGCUUGAAGCCAGAGAAGAUGGAGGCAACUAGAGAUGUUCUCUACAACUACGGAAAUAUGUCUGGUGCUAGCGUACUGUUCGUAUUGGAUCAUAUGAGGAGGCGGUCAGCUGAGAAGAAGAGUACCACAACUGGAGAAGGUUGUGACUGGGGACUGGUGGUUGGAUUCGGACCUGGUUUGACGAUCGAAGUAUCUGUUUUGAAAGCGAUUGCCACUGGUCAUUGAACCCGAGGGUUUACAACAUUAAUAAAAGAUAGUCACGUGCAUGAGGAUGAGCUUGUUAGUUUCUUUGAGGAGGAAACUUGGAAACACGGGAAUAGAUUAGAUUGGCAAUAGGUUUUCAAAAAUUUCAGCCCAAACGGAGCUGAAUGCAGAGAGGAUUAGUUAGUGAAUACUUAUAGAAAAAUAUAAGUUUUCUUUUUUUCCACAUCGUGGAAGUAAAGAAUUCGAGUUGUCAGGAUCCUGGCAAUUGAACUAGCACUGUUGUAAAUUAAUAUUCCUGGAGGAAUGUACCUAUAGAUCAUCCAGGAAAGAAGGAGAUGAACAUUUAGGAUGAUUCUUUUCUCCAAAGGCGGAGGCCAACGAAGACAUGUAUCUUACAUUUACUACAACAUUUACUACAACUGC